AAAAUUACUAGUGGCGAGUCGUACGAAAGUGAUAUCUUGACAGCUGCGGAUGGUGAAAAUGGCGAGAAACAACUUGUCCUCCAAGGAUGUACAUUAAACACCAUGCAAAGCACACACUCUCGGAUCCCCGUAUCAACUGGUUGAACAAGAAAGAUUAGUUAGUCCUUUAGAACUUUUUUUUUUUGUUUCACUAUCAGCGAUUUAUUGUCAAGGGUGGAAUUCGUCCCUUUCUCCAUUUCUGAUUAUCCUCGGUCUGAUUUGACGGUUCUCAGCUUUCUUUGGACCGUACACCUUAGGCACAGAGGAGUACGCACUGCACCUACCAAAACCUUUUGGGAAAAAUCCAACGAUGGCCUCUGUAAUGACCUCAUCUGGCCGAAUGAUGAAGCGGCUUCUUCGCCAAUUAAACAGAAUACCCAUGCUUGCAUGGAUUUUCAUCAUGAGUGGAUUGGGGAUCAUGUUUGGUCUUGUUGCUCCUCAGUUUUCAAAAGAGUACCUAGCACUCCUCUCCACUCAUAUCUUCUUGCCCAUGGUGAAAUCGCUCAUUGUUCCCCUCAUAUUCUCGCUGCUGGUGGUUGGAAUUGCUGGACAUGGAGACGACCUCGCACGGGUAGGAAAACUCGGAGUAAAAUCCAUGGCGUACUUUCUAGGAUUGACUUUUAUUGCCAUUUUCAUUGGUCUCGGGUUUGGGAAUGCGAUUAAACCAGGAAACGGAGUGACAUUGGGUGAAGUCAAAAACGCCAAUGCCACAGCUGCAAUCAAAAGCCAAAAAAUCUCCCUAGCAUACGAACUCAACCAAAUCAUUCCCGAAUCGUUUUUCGCUGCGGCUUCCGCCAACAAGUCGUUGCAGAUUACCUUUUGUGCAAUCAUGUUUGCUUGCGCUUGUAUGCUGGUCCCGAAUAAGGAGCAUAAACGAGUCAUGGUGGAUUUUUUUGAUGGUUUGGCGAACGUCAUGUUGUCUGUUACGAAUUUAGUGAUGAAGUUUACACCUCUGGCCAUCGGCGGAGCCUUGGCGAAAACAAUUGCCACAAACGGAAUCGGCGUUCUGUCUACUCUUGGAAAACUGAUCGGAACCGUUUACCUCGGCCUCCUCACAUUUGUUUUCGUUAUCCUCCUUCCCAUCGCCCUUUGGGCCAAAGUCCCACUAGUGCCCUUUAUGCGACAGGUUUCUCAUCCCCUCAUCAUUGCCUUUUCGACUGCCUCAUCCGAUGCUGCCUUGGCAAAGGCAAUGGAGAACAUGAUAGAGCUGGGCGUUCCAAGGGAAAUUGUUUCAUUUGUUAUUCCUGUAGGGUACUCGUUCAAUCUUGAUGGUACAACUUUGUACCUAGGGACUGCAGUCCUGUUCGCCGCGCAGGUUGCCAAUGUAAACUGGAGUGUUGGCGAGCAGAUCUUGCGAAUGCUCUUGGUCUUGCUAAUGAGCAAAGGGAUUGCUGGUGUGCCGAGGGCAUCGUUGGUAGUCUUGGCCAUGGCAUGCGACAAUUGGAACUUGCCAACCGAGAUUGUUGGUUUGGUACUUGGAGUGGAUGAAAUCAUGGAUAUGGCCAGAACGGCUGUCAAUUUGCUCGGAAAUUGCCUAGCUUGCGUCGUUAUUGCCCGCUGGGAGGGCGUCUUCAAACUAUACAGGCAAUCGACCGACGACAGCGACAUUGAGGACUCCCCUGAUGCGCUACAUGUGAAGCUAGACGUGGAUAAGACUGUUGCAUGAUGAUCUGUUUUGUUAUAUUGGAGCUGGUCGUUUACUUGCCCGCUGGAAGCGGGCCAAAUAGGUUGGAUUGGCCUCAUAAGAGUGUUCUGGAAAGUGACCCUUCCACCGAACACAUCGUACUGACAUGGCAAGCCUGGCGCGCCUGUAGCAAGAAUGCGACUUUGUAUUAUUUCUGUCUCCAUAUCAUAUGCAAUACCAACAGAGAAUACGGAUCGGUAUCUAGUUCAAC